GUGAGCGCCUACGGUCCGGGUCUUCAGGGCGGCCUGGUGGGACCGGCCCCCUUCACCAUCGACACCAAAGGGGCCGGCACGGGUUUGGGGCUGACGGUGGAGGGCCCUUGCGAGGCCAAAAUCGAGUGCCAGGACAACGGCGACGGCUCGUGCUCGGUGUCCUACCUGCCCACGGAGCCCGGCGAGUACUCCAUCAACAUCCUCUUCGCCGAGCGCCACAUCCCCGGCAGCCCCUUCAAGGCCGACGUCCGUCCCGUUUUCGACCCCAGUAAGGUGACGGCCAGCGGGCCCGGGCUGGAGCGCGGCAAAGCCGGCGAGGCGGCCACCUUCCUGGUGGACUGCUCCAAGGCGGGCGACGCCGAGCUCACCAUCGAGAUCAUUUCGGAUUCGGGGGUGAAGGCGGAGGUGCUGAUCCAGAACAAUCGGGACGGCACCUACGCCAUCACCUACACCCCCGCCUGCCCCGGUUCCUACACCAUCACCAUCAAGUACGGCGGGCACCCCGUGCCCAAAUUCCCCGUCCGCGUCACCGUCGACCCCGCCAUCGACACCAGCGGCGUCAAGGUCUACGGCAAGGGCGUGGAGCCCCGAGGGGUGCUGCGGGAGGUCAGCACCGACUUCACGGUGGACGCGCGGGCGCUCACCAAAACCGGGGGGCCCCACGUCAAGGCCCGGGUGCUGAACCCCUCGGGUGCCAAAACCGAAACCUACAUCACCGACCACGGCGACGGCACCUACCGCGUGGACUACCCCUACGAGGACGGCGUGCACCACGUGGAGGUGACCUACAAGGACGUGGCGGUGCCGCUCAGCCCCUUCCGCGUGGCCGUGGCCGAGGGCUGCGAGCCCACCCGUGUGCGUGCCCACGGCCCCGGCCUGGAGGGGGGCUUGGUGGGCACGGCCAACUGCUUCACCGUGGAGACCAGGGGCGCGGGCACCGGGGGGCUGGGCCUGGCCAUCGAGGGUCCCUCGGAGGCGAAGAUGUCCUGCAAGGACAACAAGGACGGGAGCUGCACGGUGGAGUACAUCCCCUUCACGCCCGGCGACUACGACGUCAACAUCACCUUCGGUGGCCACCCCAUCCCCGGGAGCCCGUUCCGGGUGCCGGUGCAGGACGUGGUGGAUCCCAGCAAGGUGAAGUGCUCGGGGCCGGGGCUGGGCCCCAGCGUCCGCGCCCGCCUGCCCCAAACCUUCACCGUGGACUGCAGCGCCGCGGGGCUGGCACCGCUCGAGGUCACGCUGCUGGGACCCACCGGCCUGGCGGAGCCGGUGGAGGUGCGUGACAAUGGGGACGGCACCCACAAGGUGACCUACACCCCGGCCACCGACGGGCCCUACACCGUGGCCGUCAAGUACGCCGACCAGGAGGUGCCGCGCAGCCCCUUCAAGAUCAAGGUCCUGCCGUCCCACGAUGCCAGCAAGGUGCGCGCCAGCGGCCCGGGGCUGAGCGCCAGCGGCAUCCCCGCCAGCCUCCCCGUGGAGUUCACCAUCGACGCGCGCAACGCCGGCGAGGGGCUGCUGACCGUGCAGAUCCUGGACCCCGAGGGGCAGCCCAAGAAGGCGGCGAUCCGGGACAACGGGGACGGGACCUACACCGUGUCCUACGUGCCCGACCUGCCGGGGCGCUACACCAUCACCAUCAAGUACGGGGGCGACGAGAUCCCCUGCUCGCCCUUCCGCAUCCACGCCGUGCCCUCCGGCGACGCCAGCAAGUGCCUCGUCACAGUAUCCAUUGGGGGCCACGGACUGGGUGCCUGCUUGGGUCCCACCAUCCAAAUCGGAGAGGAGACGGUGAUCACGGUGGACGCCAAAGCGGCCGGGCAGGGCAAGGUGACCUGCAAGGUGUCGACGCCCGACGGGGCCGAGCUGGACGUGGACGUGGUGGAGAACCACGACGGCACCUUCGACAUCUACUACACCGCCCCCGAGCCCGGCAAAUACGUCAUCACCAUCCGCUUCGGGGGCGAGCACGUCCCCAACAGCCCCUUCCACGUCCUGGCCACCGAGGAGCCCCCCGCCACCGCCGAGAGCCUUCGUCCCUUCAACCUCGUCAUCCCCUUCACCGUGCAGAAGGGCGAGAUCACAGGCGAGGUGCGGAUGCCCUCGGGGAAGACGGCGCGCCCCAACAUCACGGACAACAAGGACGGGACGGUGACGGUGCGCUACGCCCCCACCGAGAAGGGGCUGCACGAGAUGGACAUCCGCUACGACGGCAACCACAUCCCCGGGAGCCCCCUCCAGUUCUACGUGGACGCCAUCAACCCGCGGCACGUCAGCGCCUACGGGCCGGGGUUGAGCCAUGGCAUGGUCAACAAGCCCUGCACCUUCACCAUUGUCACCAAGGACGCUGGGGAGGGUGGGCUCUCGCUGGCGGUGGAGGGUCCUUCCAAGGCAGAGAUCACCUGCAAGGACAACAAGGACGGGACCUGCACCGUGUCCUACCUGCCCACGGCCCCCGGGGACUACAACAUCAUCGUCCGCUUCGACGACAAGCACAUCCCGGGCAGCCCCUUCACCGCCAAGAUCACCGGGGACGACUCGAUGCGCACGUCCCAGCUGAACGUGGGCACCUCCACGGACGUCUCGCUGAAGAUCACGGAGACCGACCUGAGCCUGCUGACCGCCAGCAUCCGCGCGCCCUCGGGCAACGAGGAGCCCUGCCUGCUCAAGAGGCUGCCCAACCGCCACAUCGGCAUCUCCUUCACGCCCAAGGAGGUGGGCGAGCACGUGGUGAGCGUGAAGAAGAGCGGGCAGCACGUCACCAACAGCCCCUUCAAGAUCCUGGUGGGGCAGUCGGAGAUCGGGGACGCCAGCCGGGUGAAGGUGUGGGGCAAGGGGCUGGUGGAGGGGCACACCUUCGAGGUGGCCGAGUUCAUCGUGGACACGCGUAGCGCCGGCUACGGCGGGCUGGGCCUGUCCAUCGAGGGUCCCAGCAAGGUGGACAUCAACUGCGAGGACGUGGAGGAUGGCACCUGCAAGGUCACCUACUGCCCCACCGAGCCCGGCAACUACAUCAUCAACAUCAAAUUCGCCGACAAACACGUCCCAGGGAGCCCCUUCACGGUGAAGGUGACGGGCGAGGGGCGCAUGAAGGAGAGCAUCACGCGCCGGCGCCAGGCCCCCUCCAUCGCCACCAUCGGCAGCACCUGCGACCUCAACCUCAAGAUCCCAGGGAACUGGUUCCAGAUGGUGUCGGCGCAGGAGCGCCUGACGCGCACCUUCACGCGGAGCAGCCACACGUACACGCGCACCGAGCGCACCGAGAUCAGCAAGACGCGCGGCGGCGAGACCAAGCGGGAGGUGCGGGUGGAGGAAUCCACGCAGGUCGGCGGCGACCCCUUCCCCAACGUCUUCGGGGACUUCCUGGGCCGCGAGGGCCUGGGGGGCUUCGGCAGCAUCGCCCGCGGCCAGGAGG